GCUGUCAUUUUUUUGCCACUGUUUGUUUGUCUAUUAAUCAAUACUAUCUCACUCUACUAUUGUUAUUCAGGUAGAAAAUCUAAAGUUUAUUGGAUAAUAUUGAAUAACUGUAGUAAUAUUGAUUUUUCUGACUACUGCUGUUUUCUUAUGUAGACUCUACAAACAGUGUGGCGUUUAAUUUUUCAAGUGGUUUCAGUUCAGUAAUGGCAGCGAAGAGUGGAAAAACAAAAAUGAGGAGAGUUUUACGAGAUGAUGAUGCAGAAGGUCAGAAUACUCGGGAACAGACAGAGAGAAUACCUAAUGAUCAAGCUUUUACUGUUGUUUCUCAUAUGGACACUGAUUGUGAAACUAUAUCAAUAAAGCGAAGACAAGAUUGUCAAAGAAGAUCGAAAAGAUUGAAAGAGGCUUCUCGGCCUGUGAUGAUGGAACAAAACCAGAGUUUGCGGAGCAAUGAUGAGAAUGUCAAUGCAUUCGAUUAUGAUCAAGGAGAUCCUAGCAUGUCAAUGCCUUCCAUUCUGGGAGGGGGGCAGAAGGUUAUGUUAUACAUUCAUCUUCAAAGAAAUUUUCUUCGGUAUGAUCCAAAUACACAUCAUUGCUGUAUGGUUUGGUAUGUAUCUUUCCUUUCGUUUAUAAGUGAAGAUUACUAUUAUUCUUUCUGCAUUGCCAUCAAACCACCCUUAAUAAUAUGCAAUUUAAUCUUAACUGUAUCAAAUUGCAUUGGAUAACAAUAAUAGUCUAUUACCUAGCAUGUAAUAGUCUUUUAAA